AUAUCGAUUAAUCCAAAGGCAAAUCUGAAGCGCAAACUGUCAGUCGCAUAAAUGCAAACGCAUUGCUCAAACACCGAGCAACGUUUCAAAUCCUUCCCUUCGUUAAAGCUCCAAAUAUAGCCGAUGGCUGACCCAUCCGACGAGGCGAAAGUCAUCGAGCAGCUCUACGAGUUCGGCGAGCGCCUCAACGGCGCCAAAGACAAGUCGCAGCAUGUCGAGGACUACCGGAGUAUCAUUGACGCGGCUAAGAGCGAGAACGACAAGGCAAGGCAGUUGGCCGCUCAGCUCAUUCCCAGGUUCUUCAAGUUCUUCCCCGAGCUCUCUGAGUCGGCUAUCGACUCGCACCUCGAUUUGUGUGAGGCAGAGGAGCUUGGGGUUAGUGUCCAGGCAAUUCGAGGACUUCCUCUUUUCUGCAAGGAUACACCAGAGCAUCUGUCUAAAAUCAUUGACAUUCUUGUGCAACUCCUUACUGCUGAAGAAAAUGUGGAGCGUGAUGCAGUGCACAAAGCCCUUUUGUCUUUGUUAAGGCAGGAUGUGAAAGCUGCUUUGACAGCCUUAUUUAAGCACCUUGAAAGUGUUGAUGAACCAAGCACAGAUGAAAAUCUUCGUGAGAGGACUUUAUGCUUUAUUAGAGAUAAGGUUUUUCCUCUUAAAGCUGAAGUUUUGAAACCUCAAGAGCAAAUGGAGAGGCAUAUUACUGACUUGAUUAAAAGAAGUUUGCAAGAUGUGACAGGAGCUGAAUUUAAAAUGUUUAUGGACUUCUUAAAAAGUUUGAGCAUAUUUGGGGAGAAAGCUCCUGUGGAGCGUGUGCAGGAACUCAUUGAAAUUAUUGAAGCUCAAGCUGAUCUGGAUGCACAGUUCAAUGUUUCAGAUGAGGACCACAUUGACAGAUUGAUAUCAUGCUUGUUCAUGGCUCUUCCUUUUUUUGUGCGGGGUGCAUCAAAUAGCAAGUUUCUCAACUAUUUAAACAAGCACAUUUUACCUAUUUUUGAUAAGCUUCCUGAAGAACGAAAAAUAGACUUGCUUAAGAACCUUGCAGAAAGUUCACCUUACACGACACCGCAGGAUUCACGUCAGAUUCUUCCCUCUGUUGUUGAGCUCUUAAAGAAGUACAUGCCCCGGAGAAAAUCUGAAGAGACAAACUUCACUUAUGUGGAGUGCUUGUUGUACACAUUUCACCAUUUAGCUCACAAGGCUCCAAAUGCCACUAAUAGUUUGUGUGGUUACAAGAUAGUAACUGGCCAACCAUCAGAUAGGCUUGGGGAGGACUUCUCGGAGUAUUACAAAGAUUUCAAUGAGAGGUUAAGUAGCGUUGAAGACCUAGCUAGAGCUACCAUAAAGAAAUUAACUCAGGGUAUGGCCGACCACAACAAAGCAAUGGCUGCUGCUGAAUCCGAUGAAGCAAAAGCGAGCAUUAAAGCUCAAAGGCAGAAUGCUACCACUGGAUUGCGAACCUGCAACAACAUUUUGGCAAUGACACAGCCCUUGCACUCAAAAUCACCUUCUUUCAUGGGGGACAAGAGAAUCAACCUUUCAUGGAAAGAUGCAACGAAACCCUUGGCACCUUCAACGACUACUGCUGCUGGAGGGAAACGACCUGUGGAUGGUCCAAGCAACAAUGCGUCAAAAAGAGGCCGCGGAGCUGAUGGUUUGAAGAACCAGCUAGUUAACAGGGCCUUCCAAGGUCUAUCAUAUGGAGGUAGAAGUGGUAGAGGUAGAGGUGGAGACUCGGGUGGACGCGGCAGAGGAAGGGGCUACAGGUAGCAUUGGCUGGAGCCCACUCUACCAAAACAAAUUUUACAAGGUUUCUAACUAACUCAGAACAACACUACCACAGCUUGGAUUGUGUUUAUUGUUCAUUGUAUUGUGUAGCAAAUUCCCUCGUUUUACUUAAACUUUGCUUCGCUUCCCUUCCCUUCCCUUGAGCUUGUCUGUCUAAUUGGAUUAACUUACAGAUUCAGCGUAUGCCUUCAGGUUAACCAACCAGCUUGGCAGCUUCUUCUCCCCUUA